CCCUAUUCUCUGUUAAAUAUUUAUCCGUUACUCUCUCUCUAAAUCUUUGGGCGUUGCAUUAUACACAGAUGAUAAGUUCAUUUUUCAUCCUCUGCCCUUGCUCCCUCUCAUCUUCCGUGAAUUUAGACCCCUUCUCCCCUUCCACCUUCCAAAUUCAAAAACCUUUCCAUCUACCUGCCAUCUCAAUCCUCUCUUUUUCUCUCUCAAACCCAAGUCUCUGUUUCUGCAGUUCCAUCAAUGCAUCUGGUACAAGGGGCCCCUGAUCUUUCCUCCAGGUAGAGGGAGAAAGAGAGAGAGGCAUGCCUAGCGUUGCUGUGAAACUCUACAGCGUCUUCUUCAAAUUCUUAUUGAAGCACAGACUCCAGAACAACAGCCUCCACCUGCCCCACGAAGACGCCUCCUUUGGGGUUACCUCCCGACCGGGGGAGAGCGUUGCGCCGGCGAACGCUUCCUUCACCGAUGGCGUCGCCACCAAAGACAUUCAUAUCGACCCCUUCACUUCUCUCUCUAUCCGCAUCUUCCUCCCUGACUCAUCUCUCUCUCCUGUCGUUGAACCCAGAUCCUCCAACUCGGAGACGAGAAGGAGCAGCUAUGGAGGAGGAGGAGGGGCCUCCAGGCCCAUGGCUUUACAGGUCAAUCGGAGGAGCAGCUAUGGCUCUGCUGAUUUAGAAUCAGCAAGAAAAGCCAAUCUCGAUUCGGCUUUGGCAAAUGGUGAUGCAUUCAUGAGCCCGAGAUCUGAUUCAUCCGCGAAUUCUUUGUACUCAGACGACGGCCAACGGCGAGAAUUUGGUGUUUCUCAAUCCAGAUUUGAAUCCAAAAAAUUGAAUUACAAUCUCGAUUCAUCGAUUCCAAAGAGAUCAGGCGUUGAUCCAGUUGGAAAAGAGAAGAGACAAGAUGGAGAAGGGGGUUUGUAUAGAGGAUAUUUGCCAAGAGAUCUAAUAUCAGUUUCAAGCCGAAAGCUUCCAAUUAUUAUGCAGUUUCAUGGAGGUGGGUUUGUGGCAGGAAGCAAGGAUUCAGCUUCGAAUGAUGUGUUUUGUCGGAGAAUUGCAAAGCUAUGUGAUGCAAUUGUGAUUGCAGUAGGUUAUCGAUUAGCACCGGAGAAUAGGUACCCUGCUGCUUUUGAUGAUGGGGUGAAAGUUUUGCAUUGGUUGGCGAAACAGGCUAAUCUUGCAGAGUGUAACAAGUCUUUAGGGAAUCCACGUGCUGAACUCCGAAAGGCUGAUGCUCAUAGGCACAUUGUGGACACAUUUGGGGCAUCUGUUGUAGAGCCUUGGCUUGCAGCUCAUGGAGACCCGUCAAGGUGCAUUCUCCUUGGAGUGAGCUGUGGAGCAAACAUCGCAGACUUCGUCACUCGUAAGGCAGUUGAGGCUGGGAAACUGUUGGACCCCAUCAAGGUGGUUGCUCAAGUCCUCUUGUAUCCCUUCUUCAUAGGGAGUGUACCAACGCAUUCAGAGAUUAAGCUUGCUAAUUCCUAUUUUUACGACAAGGCUAUGUGCAUACUAGCAUGGAAACUCUUCUUACCAGAAGAUGAGUACAGUCUAGACCACCCAGCUGCCAAUCCCUUGGUGCCUGGAAGGGAGCCACCCUUUAGGUCCAUGCCUCCAACUCUCACUGUGGUUGCGGAGCACGAUUGGAUGAGGGAUAGAGCAAUUGCCUACUCUGAGGAGUUGCGUAAAGUGAACAUUGAUGCUCCUGUGCUUGAGUACAAGGAUGCAGUUCAUGAGUUUGCGACCCUGGACAUGCUUGUAAAGUCACCACAAGCCCAGGCUUGUGCCGAGGAUAUAGCUAUAUGGACGAAGAAGUAUAUUUCGAUCAAGGGCCAUGAGUUCUCUUACUAGUAAGAAAUCUCUUUUGAGUUCUAUUAUCGUCCACCCUGAUCCUGUUAAGAGGUAGUUAAGAUUUAGCUCACGGGCAGAUGUUCUUGUUGUUGUUGGAUGGGUGGUGGACAGUUUACUUAAUGUUUAUAGGCUCUUGUUUGUUUUUUUGUUUCCAUUGUAUGAUAUGGAGAGAAGAGAUGAAGUUGCGUAUCACACUCAUUUGAUAUUCGGAAUUCCCUUUUGGGGUGGGGCUCUUUUCAGCCUCUAUCUCGCUCUUCCUUUAUGGGAUGGGGCUCAUUGUAGUCUCUCUCUCACACUCUUCCAGGUGUCCAUUUCUUUGAUUCCUUUCAUAUGGUAGCUGGCAAUUAAUAA